GCUUCACGAGAGUCCGGAAGAAGAGCCGCACAUCCUGUUGGAGUGCGACGGCGGCGUGCUGGACGCCUUACAAAAACAUCUGAAACUGUACAAGAUCCGGAGGAAAGUAAACAUCACCCCUUGCCUUGACCUCUCUUUGUGGGCCAUCCUCCCCGGGGAGGUGGCUGGAGACACUACCAGUUCCCUCACUCAACGUGCAGACCAGGCUUUGGUGUUAACUCCUGACCCCAGAACCGAAGUCAUGGGCUGGAGACUGAUUACAAAGAAGGGAGCAAAUCUGUCGGAGAUUAUCCCCGGGAGUCAUCUUGGAAACAUUCAGGAUUACCACAGGCACAGGUAUAAACAAGGAGUUCCCGAAGGUGUGAAGGAUCUCCCUCCUGGAGUCGCCCUCCCUCUGGAAUCAAACCUGGCCUACAUGAAUGGCAUCAGCUUCACCAAAGGCUGCUACAUUGGACAGGAGUUGACAGCCAGGACCCACCACAUGGGUAAAAAAAAACUGCCAGUCCACUUCUCAGCUCCUCUUCCCGAGGAUGGCAUUCCCGAGGGUGCCGAGAUCUUCACCGAAUCGGGAAAGUCGGCCGGCAAGUUCCGGGCUGGAGGAGGUGAACUCGGUAUAGCUUUGCUGAGGUUAGCUACUAUAAAUGAACCACUCUGCCUCAGUAGAGCGGGCGAUAAAGUGAAGCUCACUGCAAAUAUACCCGAGUGGUGGCCAAAACCUGCUG